UCGAGUUCCAUCACAUUUGCGUGUCAGUUCAGUGUGUGAGACAUGAUGGAUCGUCUUCGCCGGGAUAUAACAACGAUGGAUUUCGGUGGGAAACCCAAUGGGGGCAGCUCACCGGAACCGUCGUUGUCCAGUUCGGUGCCGCUGGUUCGGCAGCACCUGCGAACGCCCAAGUGUGCCCGGUGCCGAAACCACGGUGUCAUAUCGUGCCUCCGGGGACACAAAAAGCUGUGCCGUUGGAGGGAGUGUUGCUGCCAGAGUUGUCUGCUGGUGGUGCAGCGCCAGAGGAUUAUGGCCGCACAGGUGGCCCUGAGGAGACAGCAACAGCAAACCGUGUUGGGUGGGUCCGGGAAUGGAGUGCCGGGAAGUGAAUCGAUCAUAUCAAGUGGUGGGAAAGUGCUGAAUAUGGAAGAGCUGAUCAUUCAGAAGCAGAUUUACAGUCAACAGUUGAAAGGGGUGCAACGUUCCAAGAUGGCUAGCAGGAAUCUCGCUUAUGACUCUCGCAAAUUUGCCUCAUUCUUCGAGUCACCCGUAACGGAACGAAUCCGGAAGCGACGGGCCUUUGCCGACAGUCGGCUUAUGAGUGCCCCAAUACUGAUGGAAAUGCCCAGUCCACCACCACCAGCUUACAUCGCACCUCCAACGUUCAUUCCGCUGAAACCACUUAUUUUGCCACCGCUGGAGUUCGCCCAACGAAGUCUUCAUCUGAUGGAACAUGCCUCAUCACUUUCGAUUUCACCAUCCUCAGCGUCAUUAUCGCCACCUGUUUCCAACAAACCGAAACUAUCGUUUUCCAUAGAGUCCAUAAUAGGGGUCAAAUAA